GCUCCGGAGAUAUUUUUUUCCAGGUAUUCUUCUUGAACUUUCAAUCUCCUGUACUCCCGCAGUCGAUCAGCCAUCUUCUUAUUUGUUACAUUAAACUAUGGGGGACUAGAUUGAACUUAAGUUACAACGUUACCUGGCAACGAAAGCCAACACCUGACAAGCAACAGGUGCUAAAAGGGAAAACCCACGCAACAGGAAAACUUCCCAAUUUUAUGAUCAGCGUGAUAUCUGUCCAGUGAAAAUAACUAUGAAAUAAUUGAACGCGAUGUGAUUCUGUGGUGUUCAAUUCAGACGCAAAAUGAAUUGACAGAUUUUAAUUGCCUUGAUUUAUUAAUUGACCAAUAAAAUUGUAAAUUAUCUGCUUCUUCACAUCGAUACGAACGAUAUGGAGUUGGAAGAGGAAAAGGCUAGUCUAAAUUACGACUGCAACUACAAUUUAUUUCUCGCCAAGAGGCUGAUAGCCGACAUGAGACACAUGCGAGAUCGUCAACGCGUCAUCAAGUGGCUUCGGUAUCUGAUGUCGUCGAACAAAUCCAUUCAGGAAAUGCAGUUAAGGAACGAUUUUAUGUAUUACCUCGUACUUCAUCUCCAGGAAGGGACACUCAGACCUCCUUUUGACGCGGAACCUCCGGCGGUUGGAAGUCUCGUCGAUAUCGCAGGACUCAUUCCAGGAAGAAUCGACAACACUGAAAAUCCCGAGGAGAUCAUAGCUUCGCUCGAAGAACCGGGUGGAGAUAAUCCAAUGGUUAUGAAAAUGUCUCCAGACGGUGGCGCGUUCCUCGCGGCUCAGCCUGUCCCUCAUCAAGGAUCAUUUUGCUACCUCGCCAUAACUACUAAAAAGGACGAGAUCCGAUAAACGAUCGGAUUAUCAAUUUUUUUCUAUAUCGCCUCGUUUAUUUAGAAAACGAUAAAUAUUUUGUACGCCAAUAUUACGACUGCCGAACGUGGGUUAUAGUUCUAGGAGACGAGGUUCGUAAUUUUAUUUCCGGUAUCCGAAGGCUGAUGGAUAUGGGAGAUGGGAUGUUCACCAAGUUCGUUUUUACGGUGCAGCAGAAGGGGAAGGGAUAAAUUUGAC